AUGAGCACCGCACAGCCUACCGCAGCAUAUCCAUGGGUGAAACUCCCUCAUCCGUACCUCACUACCUACAAAAUCCACGUGGUUUCCGAUUCAAAUCCUCGACUGCUUCAACUCCGACUUCAUGAUUCGCAAGUGCCUGGCGAGCCACUGCCGAAGACCCUGCAUAAUGAUUCAUUGACCUACACAGACAUCGCUUUCGAUGAGUCCGCGAAGACAAUACCGAACAAUGACAACAGCCCUUGGGCCCGCAGUCAGAGAGCUCCAGGGAUUACCUUCCAAUGGAGUGGUGCUGAAGCGCCAACUUUCGCCCAGAUUUGGAACGUUAUCCAUGCUACCUUUCUAACCCACCCCGAUCGGGAGGUCCUUCGCUUAGACCUCAAGGGUGCUGGUAAGGAGAUUGUCCGUGAAGAAUGCAUUCGCACUGGGCUGGCAGUCGACUACCCAUCUCCUCGGGUUCCCUUCGGCAACGAGAACCAACCCUCUGGUGUUGACACUCUCAUCUUGCUGCGGUCUUCGUUCUGGCAGGGCGCUGGUUCACCCCUCGGACCACGACCUAUUUGGGCAGUUGACCAAGGAACUCACGGUCUUCUUCGCGGAUCUGGCAGUCAAUACCCCGUGAUGCCUAAGAACUACGAGGUUUCGAUGAAAUUCCCACAAGAGCGUAUCUAUGCCCGCCAUCCCGUUCGCCCUACCAAGCCUACUCCAGGCUCGCUUGUCUACAGUCGCUAUAUCCCGCACUUGGACAAGCACUUUUCGCUCAUGGUGGUUGACUGGCAAAACGACGAGCAUCUUGAGCGUUUUAACCGAUGGCAAAAUGACCCCCGGGUGGCCAAGGGCUGGAACGAGACAGGCACGCUUGACGAGCACCGCGAGUACCUGCGACGUCUACAUGAAGACAAGCACACACUGUGCCUGUUUGGGAGGUUUGAUGAGUUCGCUUUCGGGUAUUAUGAGAUAUACUGGGCAAAGGAGGAUCACUACGGAGCACACUACGAUGCUGGAGACUACGAUCGGGGUCGCCAUUCUCUAGUCGGCGAGCAUAACAUCCGCGGUGCUGAGCGCGUGAACGCCUGGUGGUCAAGCUGCAUCCACUACUGUUUCCUGGAUGAGCCACGAACCCAAUGCGUGGUGGGAGAGCCAAAGGCCAGUGGUGGCACUGUCCUCUCCUACGAGAACGCGCAGGGGCUUACUAUCCAGAGUUAUGUUGACUUGGGUCACAAACGUUCCGUCCAUGUCUUCUGCAGCCGCGAGAAAUGGUUCCAGCUUUGCCCGCUUUGGUGGGACGGGCGCGAGCGCCCGCUGGAGAGCGCAGACCGCGCAGCAUGGAACGCGAAGCUGUAG